AUGUCCCCCAUGGGCCGUCCAGUUGCGUUCGCGGCCGGCACCUUCUCCGGCUUGACCGUCCGCACCGAGCUGCGCGAAAUCCAGGCGGCGGAGGUGGCUCGGAAGGCAGGCACGAAAGAGUACACAUCCGUCAUGUGGCAGUGCCCUGACGAGACCCACACCCCAGCAGACAGACGCCCGCUCGAUCCUCCUCCGAUCCUCGUCGCCCGUUUCUUCGUGGUCGACGCCUCUGCCCAGUGGCAGGGAGAAGGCUCUGCAACCGAAAAGGAGAUCCGCAACACGGAUGAUGUCAGGGUCGAGGGUUUCGUAUGCAACGUCGACCUGUUCCCCAUGUCGUCGGAUUGGCGGCACGGUGAGCCCGUCCCCGCGACCCUCGAGGAGAGCGCGAAGUGUACCGAGAACCUCUCGGGCAGCCGCUUCGCCGAAGCGAUCCGCCUCGAGUACGGAGGCGCCAAGUCGGUCAUGUUCCCUUUCCCCGAUCUAUCCGUGACGAAGAGCGGCUACCACCUCCUCCGCUAUCGCAUCUUCAACGUGCUCUCCAUCGCCGCGGGGACCGUCCCCGUGCCCGCCUUGGCCGAAUGCUACGGCGGCGUAUUCCACGUCUACGGAUCGAAGGAGUUUCCCGGUCUCCGAGCCUCCACGGAUCUGACCAAGGUGUGUGCCCCCGUUCCCCCCUCUUUCCCUCCGUUCGGGCGCACGUGA